CUGGCUAGGUCAUAGAUGGAAAAUCCUGAAGGAGUCUCGGUUAAGCACAAUGUCAUCGACUUGAACUCAGCAACCAACAGAAUGGCAGGCGGAACGAGUUUGGAAAACGCGAAUCCCCUGAUUUUUCAGCGAUCAGGGGAACGCUUGCUAACAGCAACUGAUGAAGACGACGAUAUCACUGAUCCUAUCGAUGACAGAGAAAUCUUUGACCCAUAUCUUAUUAGAAAUAUUAAUGACCCAGAGCACCCUUUAAGCCUCGAGGAAUUGAACGUUGUGGAACAAGUGCGAGUGAAUGUCAAUGAGCAGGAGAAUGGAGUCUCAGUGGAGUUCACCCCUACCAUACCCCACUGCAGUAUGGCCACCCUUAUUGGCCUGUCGAUCAAGGUGAAACUCCUGCGCUCCCUGCCAGACAGGUUUAAGAUUGAUGUGCACAUCACACCUGGAGCACAUGCUUCAGAGGAAGCAGUGAACAAGCAACUUGCUGACAAAGAGAGAGUAGCCGCCGCUCUGGAGAAUGCCCAACUCCUGGAGGUGGUGAACCAAUGCCUGACCUCCAAGAGCGUGUGACGCAGUCCUGCCCUGUACUCUGGAGCAGCUUCUCACAGUGUCAACACCAGACAGAUCAUGGGGUUAUGCAGAGGGUUAGCUAGUUAAUACAUGGAUGCACACACUGCAACCUGCUGAUUAUGCAUUAUAUAUAUAUAUACACAUACAUAUAUAUAUACAUUAUACCUUAGCUUCAACGCUGUUCCUGGGCUCUCUGAUUAAGAUGUUGGUGUUUGUUUGACUAUGCCCUGAAGAGUGACUAAGAUGAAGGUCAAUGACUGAAUGUUUGCUAUAGACGGAGAAUGAGGAUCUCUUGUUUGUAUUAUGCUUUGGGCCUUUUUAUUGUUAAAUACAAUAUGCAGAGUAUGUGCACAUUCCUCCAUUUAGUCUGCUUUCAUAAUGUAAUGGUAUCCAUCCGUUUUAACAGGAAAUACUAUACCAUUGUAUAUGAAUAUGUGUGUGCCUUUGAACAGUGAGGAGCUACACUGAACAUCGGUCAAGUGAUCACAUAGUGCAUUGUGUUUAUUAGAAUUAAAUAUUUUGAUAUUGAAGGAUCACUUUUCACAAAUAAAUCAAUAUUAAAGUGAAAGACAAAAAAAAAAAAA